AUGUCUAUGUUAAUAAAUCUUGAAAGAUUAGAUCUUAGCUAUCAAAAUUUUAUUUCCGACGCACUUCUAGAAGCAAUCUCCCAAAAUUGCAAGAAACUGACCUACUUGAACUUGUCUUAUUGUCCUGGAAUAACGGAUCGUGGAGUUUCUAGUGUAUGUAAUAUUGACAAACUGACUUAUUUAAGUUUAAGAGAGUCGAAAAGAAUAAGAAACCCUCCUCUGGAAAAAUUAACAAGUUUAAUAGUAUUAGAUGCGUAUGAAUCAGUUUUAGAAGAGGAAUGUUUAUGUAUAUUUCUGAAAAAAGCAGAUCGACUUCGAGCACUUAAUGUCGCAAAGUGUCCAUUAAUUACCAACAACCUUUUGGAUGUUGCUAUUGAGGUUGCUAAAACUCGUAAUUCUAAUAACCAGCUGGAUUUAUAUAUCGCAGAAACUGGGAUAGAUAUGAACUCCCUAGAUGAACAACCAUCCUUCUUAAAUAUCACUAGUUCAUUGUGUAUGGAACUUUCGAUGGAUGUUACAGGAUAUGGGAUUAAAGAUCCAUUCAUGUGUCCAUUUACUUCCAUGAAGGAUCGACGUAAUAUUAGGCUGGAGUUGGAUAGUGGAGAUAUAGGUAGUGGUACAAAAGAAGAAAUGGAAAGAGAUUGGUAUGAAUGUCGAUUGACAAAGAAAUGGCAACAGAUAUAG